AUGAAGUCUUUUCUUUCUUUCGGCCUCUUGGCCGCCGGUGCCAACGCCAACAUCAUAUUCAACUGGGUCCAGCCCUCCUGCAACUACAAUGCCGACUCCUCGACCUGCCUGCGUGGCCAGCAGUGUACCGUAAACAACACCUGUGAGGCCUACGUGACGAGCGACGACGAUUACACCCGAUCCUUCGUGCGCCGCGUAUCCAUGCCUGUUGAGCUUCGUGCGGCCGCCUAUUCUGCCGACGGCAAGUGUGGUCCCACCAACGGCGGUCUUCUUUGCGAUCCCAACAGUACUGUGUACAACGGGACGUGCUGCAGCCAGCACGGCUGGUGUGGAGAAACGGCUGACCACUGUGGCACUGGUUGCACAUCGGGCGCUUGUCUCUCCUCCACCUCAUCCGCCACUACCACCGCCGCCGUUGCUAUCAGCAAAACCAUCAUUGCCGCCGAAGCCGACGCUAGCGCAUCUGCCAGCGCAUCUCCGCGCGAUGACGGUCGUUGCGGCAAAGACUUUGAUGGUGCCACUUGUGAUGCCAACGGCGCUUACGGUGGAUGCUGCUCUCAGUAUGGCUACUGCGGUAAGACCGACGAUCACUGUCUCGCGUCAAGUGGAUGCCAGAACGGCUGCGAGAGCGCGUCCUCGACCUCUUCUGUUGCUGUUACCGACACAAGCAAAGCUGCCGAGUCCACCACUGCGACAGCCUCAACCCAGGAGCCAGUCCUCGGAUCCCCCACUGCUUCGUCUGCUUCGGGCUCUGCCAGUGCUACCGGUGAAGCGACCACUGAUGGCUCGUGCGGAGCCAGCAACGGCGGGACCAUCUGCGGUGAUUGGCCGAAGGGCGGCUGCUGCUCCAUGUAUGGCUUCUGCGGCAACACCACUUCUCAUUGUGGUGAGGGCUGCCAGUCUGGUCCCUGCACCAAUGGUGCUUCCGAGCAAGCUCCCGGUGCCAGCCCAGCUCCCGCAGCGCCGACCGCUGGCACUUUCAAGGUUGUCGGCGAUUCAGGUGUUCCCGUCAUGCACGCUGGCCUGCUCCCUAACGGCAAAGUUGCCUUCCUGGACAAGGUCGAGAACUACACCCAGGUCAAGCUUGCCAACGGGCAGUAUGCUUACUCGGCAGAGUGGGACACUGCCAAAAACAACUAUGUUGCGCUCUCUUACAAGACCAACGCAUUUUGCGCUGGCGGCGCUUUCCUUGCGGAUGGCUCCUUCGUUUCGCUUGGUGGCAACGGUCCCCUCGACUUUAUUGAUCCUACCGUCGGCGACGGUUUCGACGGCAUUCGUUAUCUGAGGCGCUCCAUCUCUGACGCGAGCCUCGACGGCCAGGACUGGGAAGAGCCAGGAAACAAGAUGGCCAGUAAGCGUUGGUACGCCUCUGCUCAAGUCCUGGGCGAUGGCUCCGUCUUCGUCGCGUCUGGCAGUCUCAACGGCCUCGACCCUACGAACAAGACCAACAACAACCCCACCUGGGAGCUGCUCGACUCCACAGGUGUUUCCGACGGAAUAAACCGCCCCAUGGAUAUUCUGGAGAAGAACCAGCCUUACUACAUGUACCCGUUCGUGCACCUGCUGAACGACGGCAGCCUCUUCGUCUUCGUCUCCAAGUCGGCCGAACUCUUCGAUGUGAAGAAUAACAACACCAUCAAGACCUUCAAGGACCUCCCUGGUGACUACCGCACCUACCCCAACACCGGCGGCUCUGUCAUGCUUCCGCUCAGCUCCGCCAACAACUACACUAGCGACAUUGUCAUCUGCGGAGGUGGCGCCUACCAGGACAUCACCUCCCCCACUGAUCCCUCUUGUGGCCGCAUCAGUCCCCUCUCCAACGAUGCUACCUGGGAAAUGGACUCUAUGCCCGAGGGCCGCGGCAUGGUCGAGGGCACGCUCCUCCCUGAUGGCACCAUCAUCUGGCUCAACGGCUGCAACCAUGGCGCUCAAGGCUUCGGUCUCGCCACGGACCCAACGUUCGACGCGCUCCUCUAUGACCCGACUGCCGCGCUGGGCAAGCGCUGGACUACGGCCGGUACGACAGAUAUCCCGCGCCUGUACCACUCAGUUGCGCUACUCUUGCUCGACGGCACCCUGAUGGUGACUGGCUCGAACCCGGUCGAGCAGCCUGUCAUCUCUACCAACGACAACACGGCUUUUCCGUACGAUACGGAAUUCCGCGUUGAAAUCUACACGCCACCGUAUCUGCAGGGCGAUAACGCGAAGAAAAGGCCUUCGGAUGUGAAGCUCUCAACUACCGCGGUCAAGGCCGACGGCAGCACCACGUUUGACGUCAGCUUCACUGCAGCUGCCGGCGCCAAAGAGGUCAAGGUCGCUUUGUACCACGGCGGCUUUGUCACUCACUCGGUCCACAUGGGUCAUCGCAUGGUGUAUCUUGACAACGAUGGCUGGGACGCGGGCAAUACCGCACAGAAGCUGACUGUCACUGGUCCGCCAAGCACUAACGUCGCGCCGCCGGGACCGUAUGUUGUCUACGUGGUCGUUGAUGGGGUGCCAGCGGUGGGACAGACGGUCAUGGUUUCUUGA